UGUAGUGAAACAGAUUUGCAACGACUGAAAAUUGUGAGUGCAUCGGUACUUGGGGUCAGCCUGCUGGAACCUGCAAACCCCUAAAGAGUGUGCAUGUGUGUGUGUAAAUGUGUUAAUGUGUAGUGAAGGCGGCUACCGUACAAACGAGUGUACGUGAAACCCUAACACGGAAACCGACCAAAAAUCAUUCCAAACCGCUGGUAAGCGCUGCAGAGCACGGGGUGGAUCUGGAAGCGAAGGUCCCCCCUUACCGCCGACCAUGGGUACACUGCCGAGCGUAAUGGAUUUACGGCUUCCCAUCCUGUGGUUGCUGCUGGCAGCAGAGCUGUCGGUGGGGCUGCGCAACGUACGGGUCACGGUCCCAACGGCCGUCCGGAAAGGCGAUCCUGUUCAUCUGUACUGCGAGUACGAACUGGAAGACAACGAACGGCUCUAUUCGAUCAAGUGGUAUAAGGGGAAGCGAGAAUUCUAUCGCUACACACCGCAGGUACACCCGUCGGUGCAAGUUUUUAGCACCGUCAGCGGAAUCGACGUCGAGCGGUCACUUUCCAACGAAAGCCACGUUGUGAUGAAGGCGGUUGAGACGAAUUACUCAGGAAAGUACAGCUGUGAGGUGUCGGCAGAUGCACCCUCCUUCCACACGAUCAUCGUCUCAGGGGAUAUGGAAGUAAUCGAACCUCCACUCGAGCAGCCAUCAGUAACUGGGGUGCAAGCACGAUAUCGACCGGGAGAUAUUAUACGGGCCAACUGCACCUCGCAUAAUUCUAAACCAGCAGCAAAUUUGACGUGGACGAUUAAUGAUGUACCGAUCCCACCGCAGUACGUGAAGCAGUACCGACCGAUAAAGGAUACGUUCACCGGGCUGGAGACAUCCAUCGUCGGUGUCAACUUUAUGGUGGCCCACGAUCAUUUCGUGAAAGGAAAGUUGAAGUUGAAAUGCUCAGCGUCAAUACACCAACUUUAUCACGAAACCAUCGAACUGCUUGUGCCGGAAGAUCGACCUCGGAUAUUGGCGACCGGCGUUUCUGCUAGUGGGCACAGUAUCAGCCUCUAUCAAGGGACGGUUCAUGAGUCCGAGCUCACAGAUCAAAACGAUGCCUAUCUAACAGUGAACGGAUACAAAGCGGAUAAGUCAUCCCCGCUUGCAUCAUCCUCCGGCGGCUUGCAGAUCGAUUCGUACGUUAAGGUGUGUUGGGUUACGUUCUACAUCUGCAUCAUCUGUACCGUGAUGGUAUACUCGAUACGAUAUCUGAUGGUUACCUGACCCCAGCAGAGGGAGGCCAAGAGUGGUGCUGGUUCAGCGAAUGCCUCGUUGGCAGAAGGUACGACACUCGAGCUAGAUCCGCUCCCGAGCAGCUAUCCCGUCCCACCACCUCCAUCUGCUGCUACCAUUUCGUCGCCGGCCCUCCUAAACGUAGACAGCUGUGUAUUAUUCGUUCCAAGGUGAUGCAAAACGCUGCCAACCAACGUACCAGUGACUGUGUGCACACAUCUGUUUGGUGCCCAUGCCCCAAGGCAAUUGAUCAAUCUUUGCCACCGAG